GACCGUCAAUCAGCUGAGUUCUUUUCCCGUUGAUUCUGCAGUGUAGCGAGAGUUCUUUUCUCGUGCCUGGGUAGAGACGCGAUCGGUCGCGUAGUUUUGCGCAAAAUAAUGUUCAGAAUUUGGACCAGAAGCUCAACGCGAAGUUCGGCGACCGAUUUAAACAACCGUACAUCUUAUUUCUAUCAGUCAAGAGGAUGUAGCGGUCAUUCGAGGAUCUUCGGUAAAUUAAUUUCGUAGUUCCAUAUAGACAGAGCCAGCACUUUACCAAGUAAGUUACGAACUAGCUAACUGGCUAAUUCAUUGCGCAUCCCUGUGAGCUUAGCCGCGGAGGCUAGCGGUGCGCACGUCUGCGAGAGUAGUUGGUUGUAAUAAACGCUAAACAACGAAGCAACUGGUUGAGCCAAACAUAAUGGUAUGGGUCAAAGGGACAUCACAGCGUUCGAGGCGUCCAUGAAAAGAAAAAACGGAAUUCCCACUGUCUCUAUGUGUCGACUGGAUGUGGAGUCCGCUGUUGGGAAGAAGGAAGUUGAGCCCGCCGGAGGAGAUGGUGCCCUUUCCUCGUCAAGGUACAUGUUGGGCCGGGGGGUGAAACGUAAGCUGAGCACAUGUGAGGACCCUGCCCAGGACUUGCCAUAUCCUCAGCAGAGGCAGCUGGUGCUGGACUUGUGUCUAGACAAGCUACAAAGCUGCCAGCGGCGAGCUGAACCUAGCCUGCACCGUUCGGUCCUGUUGGCCAACACCCUCCGCCAGAUUCAGCAGGAGAUGAGACGGGAGGGGGAAACCUGUGUGCCCUUAGACUGUCCUCCACCCCUGACCGGAGCACUGUCCCCUUCAUUCCCCCUCAUGACGGCUGAGGAUGAAGAGGUCCAGUUGUGCGGCACUGAAAACGAGACACUUUUGCCAUCCCUUGCUGGUGAGGAUGACACAAGGUCGUCGGAUUUGCUUUUCAGCUCUGAGAUUACUAAUUCCACCAGCUACUUGACAGACUUGCCGUUGGAUGACAUCUUUGAAGACAUCGACACGUCGAUGUACGACGACUCUGACAUUUCAGUCCUGGCGUUUCCUGCACAGAGAAGCAGCGGGGUGGACGAUGGCCUCAAGACCGUUUCAUGCUGCACAUCCAACAGCAGCCUACAGCUCUGUCUCUCAGACAUCAACGACCUGGACCACAUCAUAGAGAUCCUGGUGCGCUCCUGAACCACGGCUCGCACCACAGUGUCCUCAUUCAGCCAUCCCAAUGUUUUCUAUGGGAAAUGAAUAAUACAAUGUGUUUUCUUAAAAAAUUAUUAUUAUUUUUUUUAAAUCUAUUUUUAUACAAAGGACUGAUAUAUUUAUAUAUAUAAUAAAAGGAAACCACCUGACACACUCUCACUGUAGGAUAAAUGCACAUUUUUAAAACUUUUCAGAUGGUCGAGCUUACGCUGCCAUCCUUCAUAUUUAAGCAAACCAAGAUAUGAAUAUGCAGGGACUUCGGAAACGAAUACAAAGUAUUACCAUUGACGCUUAUUUAUAUUGGAUACUGACUCGGUUGUAUUUAAAACAAGGAGGAGAUUGAAGAAAAGUGGAUCGUGAUGGAUGCUCCAUAGCUUUUGAUGAGCUAAAAGACAUUUAUUUUUUGUGAUCUCCACUGUAUUCUGAAGCAUUACAUUUACUGUCAGUAAUUAUGAUAAUCAGAUCAUGUCAUGCACAUGCAGCACUCACACUACCUCUCAAAAUACCAAGACCUCUUUCUCUAUACAAAGACUAUACUAUACAACUGUAUUUUGUUUCUCUCCAAUAACUUUCAAAACUGCUGAUUGUUUUAUAUAUGGCUCUCUGUUCACAGGAAGGCCUCUCCUCAAAUGUUAGGACUCAGUCCAAAGCUAUAGCUGUAGAAGAAAAGCUUUUGUCUCGAUCUUUCUAUUCAACACCUUCUUUUCGAAACGUUUCUGGUUUCAGAACGAGCUGUUGCUUGUGUAAAAAGUGAUCUAUAUUUUCUAAUCACUUGGAAUUUAAUGCUAUUUCUACUUUUCAUGUACAUGAUUGUCAGACACACAGCCACCGUCGAAUCCCUCGUAUGAAUAUAGUGCCUACAACGGAGAAUGAAGACUGCCGACGAUGAACUGCACACUGUGGACCCGCACAUAGACUUGCCUGAGUUUGCGCUCCUUAAGUGGGUUGUUUGCCACUUUUUGAGCAUUUAGCAUGAUCCUCUGUCCUCUAAAGAAGCCAUUACCCGAAUGUGGGUCCACAUCUCCUCUCUGCUGUCCUUCAUUGUGAUCUACACUGCGAAAAGCUGAUCGUGGAUGUCUGUGGAUGCCUCUCGUGAUGUCUCGAGGACCAUUUCUGAAUGUCCAAGCUUACUUGUGCGGAGCAGAACUGAUGUCUCACCUGCUUGCUUUUUCCCUUCAUCACGAGCCAUUUCCACCACAACUUGGUUAUUAGUUACUACUCCAAUGUGUGCGGUGGUAGACCAGAGCAAGGCCCUUGGUUUCUGACCUGUAUUAACAUCCACUGAACAUUAAGUUGCUGCAAUCGAAUGCGAAAGAGCCACAAGCUGCUGUCUCCAUUAAGACUGGGCAGAAACGGGGAGGGGAAGAACCAGAGAGCCAGAUUAGAGUUAAAGCAAACAGCUCCUGUCACGUGGAGAGCCGUGCUAGUGGUGAACGCUACAUUGAGAGCUUGACAACAGCCGGUAUGUGUGUGUGCUCACACCAAGCCCUGCCCCCAGUGAGGCCCCAAGGGGCUUUGAUCUCCUCCUGACCAAUCAUUUUAGUUUAAGGGAGGAGCUUUGUUCUCUGUCUGCUUUAUGUGGAAAAGAAUAACAAGUGGAAGCGGUUCAAUUUGGUCUGUUAGCUCAUGGUGGAAUGUCUUCCUUUGCCUAUGGAUGACUCCCUUUAAUCAUUAGUGGCUUGAGACAUUUAUGGUCUGAAUUUAAGUUAAAUGUAGACAUUCCAACUAAAA